CAAAUAUUAAAUAACGCAGCACAGGAUCACUCUCUCUCUCUCGCUCUCCAUCUCUGAAAGGAAAGAAACUCUGCAAAAGAACUUCAAAGAAAACCAUUUGAUUUUGCCUUUUCAAAAUCCAAACAAUUCUCCUUUUAAAGGCUCUCUUUCUCUCAGAGGGAGAGUAUUGUUGGGGAAAAUGUCGACUCAAACUCGCCGCCCAUCGUUUUCUUCCUCAACCACUUCGUCUCUGGCGAAACGACACGCAUCGGCUUCCACGGCGUCGGAGAAUGUGGGGAAGGUCAUGACGGCUGCUACCCACUUGGCGAGGAAGCGGGCUCCUCUUGGCGAUAUCACAAAUCAUAAGAAUGCGCCUCAAAAAGGGUCAAGAACUUCGAUUCCAUCGUCUAAUUCGGCAACAAGUUCAAAUAAAAUUGCCAAAGUGAAAAAGGGUCCUGCUUGCACCAUCAACACAGAUAUCUCGGGGAACAAUUUGCCUCCAUCUUUAAAUGCGAAGCCAAAUGCAGUUGCUACAUGUAGUGUUACCUCUGUGCCAAGAAGUGAUGAGGCUGUCCCUGGAAUCGCUGUUGAUCCUGUUCCAUGUAGCAUGGAUGUCUCUCCUAGUAAAUCAGAUGGAAUUUCAAUUUCCUUGGAUGAGACAAUGUCAACUUGUGAUUCUUUCAAGAGCCCUGAAGUUGAGUACAUUGACAACAAUGAUAUUCCAGCAAUUGAUUUUAUCAAUAAAAAAACGCUAAGCAAUCUUUACAUCUCAGAAAAUGUGCAAACAGCAGAAAAUGUGUGCUGCAGAGAAAUACUUGCUGAUAUGGAAACAGAUGAUAAAAUUGUUAAUCUUGAUGACAAUUAUGAGGACCCACAGCUUUGUGCCACAAUUGCUUGUGAUAUUUACAAGCAUUUGCUCGCAUCAGAGACAAAGAAAAGGCCUUCCAUAGACUUCAUGGAAAGAAUUCAGAAAGAUAUAAAUGCCAGCAUGCGUUCAAUACUCGUUGAUUGGCUCGUGGAGGUGGCUGAAGAGUAUAGGCUUGUACCUGAUACAUUGUUUUUGACUGUGAACUACAUAGAUCGGUAUCUGUCAGGGAAUGUGAUGAAUAGGCAAAGACUGCAGCUUCUUGGUGUUGCUUGCAUGAUGAUUGCUGCAAAAUAUGAAGAAAUUUGCGCGCCACAGGUGGAAGAGUUUUGCUACAUAACAGAUAACACCUAUUUUAGGGAGGAGGUUCUGGAAAUGGAAUCAGCAGUUUUGAAUUACUUGAAGUUUGAAUUGACAGCCCCAACAGCCAAAUGUUUCCUUAGACGGUUUGUUCGUGCUGCACAUGGAAUCAAUGAGGUUCCAUCAAUGCAAUUGGAGUGCUUGGCCAACUACAUCACUGAAUUAUCUCUCUUGGAGUACAGUAUGCUUGGCUAUGCUCCAUCACUCGUUGCCGCCUCCUCUAUUUUCUUGGCUAAAUAUAUACUUCUUCCUUCAAGAAGACCUUGGAACUCAACUUUGCAGCAUUACACGCUUUACAAGCCUUCAGAUUUAUGUGACUGCGUUAAGGAUCUACACCGCCUGUGCUGCAACAGCAACAAUUCUACCUUACCUGCAAUCAGGGAGAAAUACAGUCAACACAAGUACAAAUUCGUAGCAAAGAAGUACUGCCCUCCUUCAAUAACUCAAGAAUUCUUCCAAAACCAAAGCUGCUAAAGCAGUUGCACAACUCUUCCAAUGUUCCGUUGGAUAAACUUCAACUGUAUCAUUUUUAGUAGCUCUUUGUGUUUCCUAGCAAUGGAAUACAUGCGUUCUUUUCAUUGUAUCAUUUUUUUCCCCUUCAAAAUCUUGUAGCAUUUCAGUAGCUUCUGGCUUAUUAAAUCUUGUAGCAUUUCAGUAGCUUCGGGUUUAUUUGGUUUAGGUUCUGUUGAGUUGAGUCUACUCUUUCUCAGAAAAAAAAAAAAAAAAAAGAGUUGAGUCUACUCUUUCAGCAAAGAUAUUAAUGCUGAUAAUCUUGUAUGAUAUAGAAUUUUUUAGCAUAGUUGCUUCCUAUUGUAUCAAGCAAAUAUCCGCUGGUGAUAUUUUGUUCAAGAAUGGGUAUUGCUGCUGCCUGCGACGCCUUCUUUAUUAUUUGUAAAUCUUCUUAAUCAGUAACAUCCCACUGAAAUUAAUGAUUUAACAUAUCUGUAAUGAUAGCUCACGGACUGAAAUGAAAUGGCCAAAGCUCUUGUGUCC